AAGGGCCUAAAAUGUCUUUUAACCAUGUGAAAUGGUGCAAAAAUGUCUUUCUACUUAUUGGGCUUGAAAUGUCCUUUCCGUCUACCUAUUGAGUAUGUUUUGCCCUUCAUUUAACAGCUGAAUAUUGGGUUCACUUCAUUUAUGACAUGACAUAUUUCUAUUGAACAAUUUUUAUCUAAUUAAACUAAUUAAUUUUAUCCUCUACAUACCCAACCCACCCUGCCAAAUAACUCGACCCAACAAAUCAGCCAAAUAACCCGACCCAACAAAUUUUAACCGCUCCAAUUCCUUUAAAUGAUCAUUUAUCGAUUUUAAUCUGUUCGUCUUUCUCUUCUCUCCACUCCACCUUCUUCUCAGUCAAAAACAUAGACUACUGGAGUAACAUUCUUGGGGGUCUUAUACUGCAAAAGUAAUUUUACUCCUUUUCAAAAUGGUUGAAAAGGUUGAUGUGGUCUUUAACUAUGGGGGAGAGUGGGUGCUUACUCCUCAGCUUACCUACUUAAAGAAAAUGACUCAUCUUUGGGAAGGGUAUGAUUCAGAUUUGCUCUCAUACAUAGAGAUAUGUUCAGAGUACACUAAAAAGUUAGGUUUUAGUAAGGUGAAACAAUUGCUAUGUACAGGGUUAUUUGGUGGGUAUUAUCUAGUCGACGGUGAUGUAUGAAUCAGAACUUUGCAAACUUCAUUGUCUACUCAUUUUGAUUUGCUUAAACUUCAAUUGUUUGCUGUUGAAGAGAGUGAAUAUAUUCUCCCCAGUUCCUGAUAUUAGUCAACAUAAUGGACCUUUCCCUGCAUUGCCUACUCAAUCUGAUUUUCUUAGACUUCAAUUGUUUGCUGUUGAAGAGGCUGAAAAUAUUAUCCCGGCUUAUGAUAUUAGUCAAUAUAAUGAACCUUUUCCUGCAACAGUUGAUGCAUUAACUGAUGGUGAAUCAAGUGAGGAAGAGGAAAAUGAGCCUGUAGAUAGUGAUUACACUAGUGAUGAGUUAGAAUUCCUUGAGAGGGAAAAGAAAAGAGAAAUCAAUGAGAGUUUAGACAACUUCUUAGAGCUGGAAAAGGGAAUGAGCUUUAAAGAUCUUGAUGAAGCAAAAAUGUUUGUUAUCUUUUACUCAAUUGUUAAAAAGAGGGGCCUUAAAGUUACUAAGAGUGACCCUACUAGAGUUAGAUAUAGGUGCGAUGUUGGUUGUUCUUUUGUAUGUCUGAUAUCAAAAGUUGCUAAAGGCCAAGGAUUUGAAGUUAAAACCUUGGAAAUAGAACAUACAUGUCAACCAUGUUUUAAAAAUAGAAGAGCCACACAACAAGCUUUAGCAAACUAUUUCAAGAACAAAAUCUAGAAUAACCCUCAAUAUGAGGUGACUAAAAUGAGGAAGAAUGUGCAUGAUAGAUUUUCACUUAAUCUUAGCUAUACAAUGAUGAAGAGGGUUAAGAGAAUUAUCUUAGAGAAACUGGAGGGUAGCUUUAUUGAUGAUUUCAACAAGUUGGAAGCUUAUGCUCAAGAGUUGAGGGAUACUAAUUUUGGUUCUGAUGUGGUGAUAAACUUAUCUAAAGAUGCAUUAGAACAAGGUAAAAGAAGAUUUUUAAGAAUGUAUGUGUGCUUUGAAGAAGAAGAUUUUUAAGAAUGUAUGUGUGCUUUGAAGCUUUGAAAAGUGGUUGGAGAAGUGGUCUGAGACCAUUCAUAGGGUUGGACGGGACAUUUUUAAAGGGAAAAUAUAAGGGAAUUUUACUGGUGGCCCUUGGACAAGAUUCAAUGAAGCAUUUCUAUCCACUUGCAUAGGCGGUGGUGGAUAGAGAAACAUCUAGAACUUGGAAGUGGUUCAUUGAAUUAUUGAGAAGUUCGUUAGGUUUGGCAGAUGGUGAAGGAUUGACACUUAUUUCUGAUAUGCAAAAGGGACUGAUUGAUGUUGUUGGUCAAUUGUUUCCAAAAGCACACCACCGAUGGUGUGUAGGGCAUAAAGAAGCCAAUUGGGCCAAGACUUGGAGAGGUGGAGAGCUGAAAAAGUUAAUGUGGUGGUCUGCUUGGAGUAUAUAUACAGAAGAAUUUGAAGAUCAACUGAAGAACAUGGGUUCUGCGUCUGAGCAAGCAGUCAAAGAUCUGUUAUGGUACCCUUCAAAACACUGGUGCAGGGCCUAUUUUGACACAGUUUGGAAGAACUUCACAUGUGAAAAUAAUUUCACCGAGUCAUUCAAUAAAUGGAUUUUGGAGUUGCAGGUUGGUAAUGAAGAACGAAUUCAUGUAUACUAUGCACAUGGAGAAGUUUCUGCUACCUUUGUUCGGAGAUGCUACUGGCUGCUUGACAAAUCAAUGGGAGCCCUUUUCAAGAAGGAUGGAUUAUAAAAGUGGAGAUGAACAAGCCCGAUGAAGUCAAAUCGUUGAUGGACCCUGACCAGUAUACCAAGUUUUGUGAUGAAGAAGACGUGAAGCACUGAUUGGAAACCUCACAAAGUUGUGCAAGAACACACUUUUCUGCUGUAUUUUUUUCACAGUGCAUAAAGAGGUUUUAUUCCUAAGACCCGGAAGCUGGACACUAAGUAGACCAGUGGUGCUGUUUGGUCUUUAUUACAAUAUAUGGUUACCCCUGUAGUUCUGUUCUUUCUUUGCAAAUAAUUCAGUGCUUUGACUGUUGAAUGUCAUCUAGGUUGAACUCAAGUUUUCCUCCUCCUGGCAUUGCAUUCUUUUUCUAAUAUUUGGUGAUGAAUUGAUGUAUUAAGCUCGUUAUUAAUUAAUUCCUAUGUGGAACCUUCAA